UUGGACUGACCGUUGGAGGGCAGACCCCUGAAUACGAUGCAUUUCAAAAGCGGCCUCGAGCUAACGGAGCUGCAGAACAUGACGGUACCCGAAGACGACAAUGUCAGCAAUGACUCGAACGACUUCACCGAGGUCGAGAACGGCCAGAUCAAUAGCAAGUUCAUCUCCGACCGUGAGAGCCGAAGAAGUCUCACCAACAGCCAUUUGGAGAAAAGAAAAUGCGACGAAUAUAUUCCAGGAACGACCUCCCUGGGCAUGUCUGUCUUUAACCUGAGCAACGCCAUUAUGGGCAGUGGGAUUCUGGGACUCGCCUUUGCCCUGGCUAACACUGGAAUCCUCCUGUUUCUGAUACUUCUGACUUCGGUGACUUUGCUGUCUAUAUACUCAAUAAACCUACUGUUGAUUUGUUCCAAGGAAACGGGCUGCAUGGUUUAUGAAAAGCUUGGAGAACAAGUCUUUGGCACCACGGGGAAGCUGGUGAUUUUUGGAGCCACCUCUCUACAGAACACUGGUGCGAUGCUGAGCUAUCUCUUCAUAGUCAAAAACGAACUUCCUUCGGCCAUAAAAUUCCUCAUGGGAAAAGAGGAGGAAUUUUCAGCCUGGUACGUAGACGGCCGUGUCCUUGUCGUGAUGGUCACCUUCGGCAUAAUCCUCCCGCUGUGUCUCUUGAAGAACCUGGGGUAUCUUGGCUACACGAGUGGAUUUUCCUUGAGCUGUAUGGUUUUUUUCCUAAUAGUGGUUAUCUACAAGAAAUUUCAAAUUUCAUGCAUGAGUGUAGAACAAAACUCAACAAUCAAUGCCAAUGUAACUGACACGUGUACGCCAAAAUAUGUUAUCUUCAACUCAAAGACGGUGUACGCUUUACCAACCAUCGCGUUUGCGUUUGUCUGCCACCCGUCCGUCCUGCCGAUCUACAGUGAGCUCAAAGACCGAUCACAGAAAAAAAUGCAGAUGGUUUCCAACAUUUCCUUCUUCGCCAUGUUUGUCAUGUACUUCCUGACCGCCAUCUUUGGGUACUUGACAUUCUAUGAAAAGGUGCAGUCAGAUCUCCUUCACAAAUACCAGAGCAGAGAUGACAUCCUCAUCCUGACUGUGCGGCUGGCUGUCAUCGUGGCUGUCAUCCUCACUGUGCCGGUGUUAUUUUUCACAGUCCGCUCAUCACUCUUUGAGCUGGCUAAGAAGACGAAGUUCAACUUGUGCCGCCAUGUCUUGGUGACCAUCGUACUCCUGGUGAUCAUCAACUUGCUGGUGAUCUUUAUUCCCUCCAUGAAGGAUAUUUUUGGAGUUGUAGGAGUGACGUCGGCCAAUAUGCUCAUUUUCAUUCUUCCUUCAUCUCUCUACCUAAGAAUCACAAACCAGGAUGGAGAUAAAGGCACUCAAAGAAUUUGGGCGGCCCUUUUCUUGGCGCUGGGGGUGUUGUUCUCCCUGAUCAGCAUUCCGCUGGUCAUCUACGACUGGGCUUGCUCGUCCAGCAACGACGAAGGCCACUGA